AUGGCGAACGUGGCGUUAAUCGGAUGCACAGGCAUGGUGGGAUCCCAUAUCCUCACCAGCCUUCUCGCCCACUCUGGUGUUAGUCGAGUUGACACGAUCUCCCGCCGCACCCCUCAGUCCGCCAGCGGCGCUCCGCAAGCCAAGCUCACGACCUUCGUAUCCGACAAUACCGAGACCUGGGCCGGACAACUCUCAGCACUCACUCCUACGCCGGAAAUCUUCAUAUCUGCAUUCGGCACCACCAAAGCUAACGCCGGCGGCUUCGAGAACCAGUAUAAGAUCGAGCAUGGCCUAAAUAUCGAAAUGGCGCGUGCCGCGCGCGACGCCGGCGUCAAGGUCUACGUAUUGAUCUCUGGCGCCAGCGCGAGCAAGGCUUCCUCUAUUGCCUACAUACGAAUGAAGGGUGAGAUUGAAGAGGAUGUGAAAGCGCUCGGGUUCGAGCGAACUGUCAUCGUGCGUCCUGGUUUGAUCAGUGGUACGCGUGAGGAGAGCCGCCCCUUGGAAGCGUCCAUGCGGUUUAUUGCCGGAUGGGCUGGCAAGCUUCACCCCAGCUUGAAGGACGGCUGGGCGCAGGAUGCCGAUGUUAUCGCGCAAGCUGCGGUCAAUGCUGGCCUGAAGGCACUCGAUGGGGACGUCCCGGCUGGCAGUGAGAAGGUCUGGAUCAUUGACGGCACCCAAAUUAUUUCACUUGGCAAGAAAUCCGCGGGAUCAUCUUAG